AAUCUUCGAGAGACACUGGCACGGGAGCAGACACGUGGGAAACUGGCAGAACAACGUUUACAAGAGCACGAAGCUGCCUGGCGUGAGGUCCUAGAGGCAGGCUUCAGUGGCCGGGCUUCCGAUGAGUUGAGCAAAGCUGUCUUAAAUAAUUUGUCUUCAUCGAAGCCAAGUGAGGUCCAGGCACACUUGGAAUCGACAAUUAUAGCUCUUCGGCGUCAGGUGGAAUUAUUGCAUCGUCGAAUGGCCCUUCUUCAGCAAAGCGAAGCCAGUAAAACGCAUGCCUCAGGCCCCCUCACCUGUUCAUUUUCAGGUCGUUAUGGUUCAAUCCGUAGGCCUACUGUAGAUGUCAGCAAUGCUCCAGUUCCAGAAGUAGCCAUCCAGCCAGAAAAGUCUAGCCAUUGGACAAUCAACGGCCUCCGUGGAUCAAGUUGGCCAAGUGAUGGAAGUGUGUCUUUUGACCCCUUGCCUCCCCCUGAUGGUGACCACAUCGACCAGACGGCCAUGAUAGAACAUGCUGGUUCAAUGGAGCAAGUAGUCUGUCGGUCAUCUGUAGACCUGGCGGAUGAUGGUGAGAUGGAGGAUAAUGAUUGUUUCCACCCUAAUUAUUCCAAUAAUCAAUUUCAAGAUAAAUCCAAAUCAUCCAAGAAGCGUGCACAUGUGGCUGCCAGAAAUUCAUUUCCCAAUCACAGCGAAGCUCUGAAAUUGAGUAGCGAAGCGUCGGUGCGCAGGAAUCGAUAUAGCGACGAGACUGAAACACUCCAAAAGGCGCAUCCGAAUCCGGAGCAAAAUCAACGGCCACAACAAAGGAACGUACAGGAACCAUGGCCCCCCGUCCGUCAUUCCUCCCGGGAUCAGUCACCAUUGAUGACGGCCUUGCCAACGUCGCCGCAAAGCCCAGGACAGUUAAGGGAACUAUUAUUGCAGCUAGCCGAACUCUUGGCCGCUUCUUGA